AUGGCUGACGCUUUAGCACAGCAACUAGAUUCCACAAAGUUGAGUGAUGGGCCGACAUCAGAAGACUGGAAGCAAGGACUCAACAUCCCCGCAAAGGAUACUAGACAACAGACUGAGGAUGUCACUGCCACUAAAGGCCUUGAUUUCGAAGAUUUCAGUCUGAAACGAGAGCUGUUGAUGGGCAUCUUCGAGGCUGGAUUCGAAAAACCAUCACCUAUUCAAGAGGAGGCAAUCCCAGUAGCUCUCACUGGACGUGAUAUCCUGGCACGCGCGAAGAACGGUACCGGCAAGACCGCAGCCUUCGUCAUCCCGGCGCUUCAACGAAUAAACCCCAAAAGCAACAAAGUUCAAUGCCUCAUCUUGGUCCCCACCCGAGAACUGGCAAUGCAGACAUCUCAAGUUUGCAAGACUCUCGGCAAGAACCUCGGCAUCAAUGUCAUGGUCACGACUGGUGGUACCCUCUUACGAGAUGAUAUUGUCCGUUUACAAGAUCCUAUUCAUGUCAUCGUUGGCACUCCAGGACGAAUUCUCGACCUGGCUGGCAAGGGUGUAGCUGAUCUCAGCGAAUGUCCAACGUUCAUUAUGGACGAAGCCGACAAACUUCUCUCUCCCGAAUUCACGCCCGUUAUUGAACAACUUCUCCAAUUCCACCCAAAAGACCGCCAGGUCAUGCUUUUCAGCGCAACGUUCCCCAUCACUGUCAAGGCCUUUUCAGACAAGAAUAUGGACAAUCCAUAUGAAAUCAACCUUAUGGACGAACUCACUCUGCGCGGUAUUACGCAAUAUUAUGCGUUCGUCGAAGAGAGUCAGAAGGUCCACUGCCUCAACACCCUCUUCUCCAAACUCCAAAUAAACCAAUCGAUCAUAUUCUGUAAUUCUACUAAUCGUGUCGAACUUCUUGCCAAGAAGAUCACCGAACUCGGUUACUCGUGCUUCUACAGCCAUGCUCGCAUGCUCCAGACGAACCGCAAUCGGGUCUUCCACGACUUCCGAAGUGGGGUCUGCCGCAAUCUUGUCUGCUCAGAUCUCCUUACUCGUGGUAUUGAUAUCCAAGCCGUCAAUGUUGUGAUUAACUUUGACUUCCCCAAGAAUGCCGAAACUUACCUCCAUCGUAUUGGUCGAUCAGGGCGUUUCGGACAUCUUGGCCUUGCAAUCAAUCUCAUCAACUGGGAUGACCGUUUCAACCUUUACAACAUCGAGCGUGAUCUAGGCACCGAAAUUCAGCCUAUUCCGCAAAACAUUGACAAGAAGCUCUACGUCUACGAUACACCAGAGAACAUUCCCCGCCCUGUAUCAAACUUCCAAACAAUCCGCCCAACAGCAAGCCGUGAGUCGUCGGGGCGCGAUUCCACUCCUCGUGAUCAACCGUCUCAACAAUCCGGCAACCAACGAACUGGAAGCUCGGGCAAUUAUAAUGGUGGACGCCAGAAUGGCUCAGGGUCGAUCCAAGGCCAGAGGCAACCACAAAACCAACGUCAAGGCCAAAGCUUCUCACGUGGCACCGGCAGAUAUGAACAGACGAACCGACGAGGUGGUGGUCAGGGUGGUCAAGGCCAACGAUCGAAUGGUUACGAAGGUCAGAGAGGUGGUCGUGCUCAAGGCACCCCAACUCAAUAG